AUGUAUGCUGGGGUAUCAGCACCAAGAAGAUAUCCUACAUCUACUUUAGGAACUUCUCCUUCUGUUAACUCUUCCUCUAAUUGGAAAAUUUUAAGUCAUAGUCCUAGACCUCCAAGAGGAAGACCAGCUCAUUAUGGAGGAACUCAUCCAAAUGGAUUACCAACUACUGUUCAUAUUAAGACACAAGAUAUGUUGAAACCUCAGGAAAGAAAAUUACUUGAAGCUGCUGAAGCUGGUGAUAAACCUACUAUGUUACAUGUUCUUAAUAAUAGUUCAGAUGAUUUUAAUUUAAAUGCUAUGGAUGCUAUGGGAAGGACUGCUAUUGAAAUUGCUGUAGAUAAUGAAAAUAUUGAAAUUGUUGAAUUAUUAUUACAACAAGAAAAUAUACGUAUUGGAAAUGCUUUAUUAUGUGCUAUUAGAGAAGGUGUAUAUAGAUUAGUAGAAAUGUUAAUUAAUCAUAAGUCAAUAACUACAGAGAUGUUAGGACCAGGAUGGGGUAAACAUUUAAAUGAAACUGAAGUAUCUUCUUCUGAAUAUUCUAGUGAUAUUUCACCUGUAAUUCUUGCUGCACACCUUAAUAGAUUUGAAAUAUUACAAAUGUUAAUUAGAAAAGAUGCUACUAUAGAAAAUCCACAUAAACAUUCAUGUUGUUGUGAUGAAUGUGAUAGAGAAAGAAUCAAUGAUUCAUUACAUCAUUCAUUAAAAAGAAUUAAUACUUAUCGUGCUUUAGCUUCACCAGCCUGGAUGUCAUUAACUAGUCCUGAUCCUAUCUUAAGUGCCUUCAAAUUAUCAUGGGAAUUAGAAAAACUUGCCUCUUUAGAACAUGAAUUUAAAGAUACAUAUUUACAAUUAUCUGAACAAUGUAAACAAUAUGCUUGUGAUUUACUAACACAAUGCCGUAGUACAGAAGAGGUUAUAUCUGUAUUAAAUAAAGAAGAAAAUAAUCAUGAUGAAAAUAUUGAUGUAUGGGCAUCUAAAUUAAGUUUAAGAAGAUUAAAAUUAGCAAUAAAAUAUAAACAAAAAUCUUUUGUUGCUCAUCCACAUUGUCAACAAUUAUUAACAUCUAUAUGGUAUGAAGGUUUUCCUGGAAGACAACAACGUGGAUCAUAUUGGAAUUUUUUUAUGUGUGCUAUACUUAUAUUAUUAUGGCCUUUUUUAGCACUUUCAUAUAUUAUUAUGCCAAAAUCAAAACUUGGUAGAAUUGUUAGAAGUCCUUUUAUGAAAUUUCUUUAUUAUUCUAUUUCUUUUGGAUGUUUUUUAAUACUUUUAACAUUAGCUACUUUUGAACCAUAUAGAUAUGAAAAAGGAGCAAUUAGAGGUGGUGGUAAAAAUCGUGCAUCAGAUCGUGGACCACCACCAACAGUUAUUGAAUCGUUAGUCUUUUUAUGGGUAAUGGGAAUGAUAUGGUCAGAAGUUAAACAAUUAUGGGAUGAAGGAUUUAAAAAAUAUACAUUACAAUGGUGGAAUUGGUUAGAUUUUAUAAUGAUGUGUCUUUAUCUUUGUACAAUAGCAUUACGUGUUGGGGCAUAUUAUUUAUUUAAUUAUUGUCAAGAAUUUACUAAUAUAAGAUAUAUGAUAAGAACAUAUUGGGAUGCCUUUGAACCAAUUCUUGUUGCUGAAGGACUUUUUGCUGUAGGAAAUAUUUUUAGUUUUGCAAGAAUUAUUUAUCUAUUUCAAACAAAUCCAUAUUUAGGACCAUUACAAAUAUCAUUGGGAUGUAUGUUAGUUGAUGUUGCUAAAUUUUGUUUUAUAUUUGGUUUAAUAAUUAGUAGUUUUUCUAUUGGAUUAGCACAAUUAUAUUGGUAUUAUGAUUCAUAUACACCUGUCUGUAUAACACCAGAUAAUUGUAAACUUGAAGCUAAUGCAUUUAGUGAUAUAGCAAAUUCAUAUAUGACAUUAUUAUGGUCAUUAUUUUCAAUUACUAAAGUUGAAGAUACAGAUGUUUUAGAAGAACAUUAUUUUACUCAAUGGGUUGGAAGAGGAAUGUUUGUAACUUAUCAUAUGACAGCUAUUAUAGUACUUUUAAAUAUGUUAAUUGCUAUGAUGUCUCAUUCAUUUCAAAUAAUUAAUGAUCAUGCUGAUUUAGAAUGGAAAUUUCAUAGAACUAAAUUAUGGAUGACACAUUUUGAUGAGGGUAGUACUUUAUCACCACCAUUUAAUAUUAUUAUAACACCAAAAGCUAUAUAUUAUUUUAUUAUCAAAAUUUAUAAUUUACUUAGAUGGCUUUGUGGAAAAUAUCAAUAUCAAAAGAGUAAGACCCGUGCUACUAUACGAAGACCAGGAUAUAGUAGAAAAAGAAAUGAAAUUGAAAAGAAAGGCGGUAGUGAAACUGAAGAUGAUGAGAAUAAACCAUUAACAUAUAUGGAUAUAAUGCAACGACUUGUAUCUAGAUUUAUUCUUCAAACUAAAAAAGAUAUGAAAAUGGAUGGUGUUAAUGAAGAUGACUUAUUAGAAAUAAAACAAGAUAUUAGUAGUUUACGUUAUGAGUUACGUGAUGAUAGAAGAAAAGAAAUUGUUAGAUCAUCAUCUCAUAUAGAUGCUGUUAAAAGAGAUAUUAUGAGAACAAUGUCAGCAAGUAAUAGAAUAUUUGGUUGUAAUUUACGUUCCCCAAGAAAAGAUAGUCUUCCGGAGGAAAAUUUUAAUGGUUAUGAUGGAUUUGAAGAUAAUUUAACACCUAGUGAUAUUAUAUUUACUACACCACUUGAUACAAAUAAUAUUUUCUUUAAUCUUGAACUUCCCUCAAUAGAAGAUGAUGGUGAUGAAUUAAAAAAAAAUAAUAAUGAAGAAAAUAAAUUAAUAAGAAAAGAAUCAAGUAUUUCACAAAUACUAGAAACACCAUCAGAAUGUGCCUUUUCAAUGAAACCAGCAAUUAAAAAAAAUAGACCAUCUAUUUAUUCUGUAAGAAAUUUUAAAACAAAUAAUAAUAUUGAAGAAUUAAUUGAAUGUUGGAGAAGUGAAAUGAAUAUAAAAUUAGAUAAAUUAAUUGAUGAGAUAAAUUUAAAAAAUGGCAAUAAAUUAUGUGCAAGAAAAUCGGGAACAAGUGUUAAAUUUGCUGAAGAAAAAUAUAUAGAUCCAAAAAGUCCUUCUAAAGUGUCUUUUAAAGAAUAA